UGUGGCAUUGAUACAGGGCGAUUGAGAAAUCAAACUGCUACCACAAGAAUGGGCACGAGGCUAAUUGCGGUAGUACUGGGAUUGGGACCAACGUGUUUAUGAUGAUUUUUGGAAUUGCUCAGAUAUUUGCGUCGCAGAUACCUGAUUUUCAUAACAUGGCUUGGCUCUCCAUUGUUGCUGCACUCAUGUCCUUCGGCUAUGCCUCCAUUGGACUAGGCCUUGGAUUUGCCACAGUUAUUGAAAACAGGGAAAUUAAGGGAAGCAUCACUGGAAUAUCAACACACACUGCUGCUCAGAAGAUAUGGUUAUCAUUUCAGGCCCUGGCAGACAUUUCCUUUGCCUAUCCAUACACCCUUAUUGUCCUCGAGAUACAGGAUACUCUGAAGUCACCCCCACCAGAACACCAGACCAUGAACAAGGCAUCAUUGGCUGCAAUACUGAUCACCACUUUCUUCUAUACUUGCUGCGGAUGCUUUGGCUACGCAGCUUUUGGCAACGACACACCCGGCAACCUCUUGACCGGAUUCGGAUUCUACGACCCAUAUUGGCUCGUUGAUUUAGCCAACGCCUGCAUUAUUCUGCAUCUAAUUGGAGGCUAUCAGAUAUACUGUCAACCGAUCUAUGCAUUUGCGGAGAAAUGGUUCUCAGAAAGGUUCCCACAGAGCCAAGUUUUGAUGAAACCCCAUGCUCUAAAACUUCCCUUCUUGCCAGUUUUCCGGCUGAGCCUUUUCCGGCUAUGUUUCCGAACCGCAUAUGUUGCAUCAACUACAGGCAUUGCAAUGCUGUUCCCUUACUUCAACCAGGUUUUAGGAGUGUUGGGAGCCGUGACCUUUUGGCCAUUGGCCAUUUAUUUCCCAGUAGAAAUGUAUGUUGUGCAGAACAAAAUUGGAGCCUGGACAAGAAAGUGGGUUUUUCUUGAGAUUUUCAGCAUGAUUUGUCUGUGUGUGUCAAUUGUGGGUUUGGUUGGUUCAAUUGAAGGACUCAUAACUGAAAAGUUGAGUUGAAAUUUGCAGAAUAAGUAUGAUAUAUAGUUAUAUACUUGUAGAAUAAGUCCAGGUAGGCCUUCAUGGCUGAUUAGUGAUUAUUUCAAGAAUGAAUCUUGGAAUCAGGUUAAAUCAAUCCUGCAUUAUUGUAAAGCUUUCUGUUAUAGUAAUGUAUAUAAUUGUAGUGAUUAGUAAUAAUGGCCACAAAAGAAUUGGACCAAUAUUGCCUUGUAA